AUGAUAUCUGCCUUUGCUCACGUCAUUGUGCCUUUCCUCCUCUGCACAGCUUUGGCCAACACGUCACUAUUCGACGAAGUGAACGUGGAUCUGACUUACGACCACUAUGCCGAACAGACCGUGGACUUCCUACCCCGCUUCCUCGCCAUGCCUUUCAACUCCCUGAUCAACAUCGCCUACACGUUGAUGGGACUCUACUGGCUGCUCAAAUACAGAGACAAAAGCGAAACUAAAGAAUCUCGUUACCACAGAGAGGUUUUCGCCUUCAUGGCUGUUUUCUACGCCCCAGUGCAGUGGACGCGCCUGACUGUGCUCAAGCGCGCCCCCGCUGUUUUGGACCAAUGGUUUACUCUCCCUAUUUUCGCCUGGGUCCCUGUUUGGAUCAACUCAACACACAAUAAAACAACAAGAAAAUUCGCGUUGAUGGUUGAAAUUUGCUCUGUAUUAAGCUACGGGUUCGCCCUGGUGUUUGCGUGGGGUUUUGACGCUGCGUUGUUGGGUCACGUGCUCCUCGCAAUUUACAAAGGAAUUCAAGUCCAGAUGCAUGCUGGGAAUCAAAAAACGUGUAAAUAUUUGGUUCUGGCGGUUCUGUCCUGUUCUGGGUUCGUGGUGCUGAAGGCGCUUGAUCAUUGGCUGGCUCAGUUCUGGGUUUUCCAGAGAGUCACGGGACAUUUCUGGUCCAAAGUGUGCGACGUGCUGCAGUUUCAUUACAGUUUUUGUUUUUUGACGACGCUGAGUCAAAGUAGUGCUGUCAAAGCGAAGGACUGUUAG